UGUGGAGCCAACUGCUGGGUCUGGACAGAUGAGUUCCUCUCUGACUCCAAAGUUGGGUAAUCUGUGCGUAAACAUGAUCUCCGUUUCUUGCGUCUUGGCGCUUUGGGUGUUUUCUCCCUCGGUGCUGGGAGCUGCUUUCCACGGAAGGGAAAACUUGUCAGAUUUGCAGAAGGAGCUUCGCAGUGAUGAGGAGCGCCAGAGUUUGGAGAAGUCGGACCUGUGGAGACGCAGCGCCGGACUGAAUGAACAGUCAUGUACAAGUCUGCCUGGAGUGGAGUCAGCCCUGCACAACAACACCCAUACUUUCACCUUCAAGGUGAGGACUAUGGGUUCACUGUCAUUGGCCUGGGUGGGAGAUGGAUCAGGGGUGCUGCUGGUUUUGACCACGUUUCAGGUCCCGUUGUUCAUGAUGCACUUUGGACAGUCAAACCUUUACCGGAGUGACGACUAUGGGAAGACAUUCAAAGACGUGACUCAUUUGAUCAACCAUACUUUUAUCCAUACCGAGUUUGGUAUUGCAAUCAGUCCUGACCACUCUGGCAAGGUGAUUCUGACUGGUGAUGUGUCAGAAAUGGGGGGAUUUAAACUAUUUCGCUCUGAGGACUUUGGCCUGACCUUUGUUGCAACAGAUCUGCCAUUUGAGCCCCUCAUUCAGAUGCUGUACAACCCUGGAGACUGCAACGUACUCAUGACACUCAGUAUCACGUUGGACCUGUGGUUGUCUGAGGACUUUGGCGCCACCUGGAGGAAGUUAUAUGACAGUGUUUGUUUGGUCAGAUGGGGUCCGAAGAACAGCAUCUACUUUACAACAAACCACAAUGGAUCAUGCAAUGAUAAAGGAAUGUUGGAGCUGAGGAAGACAGCAGACUAUGGUAGAAGUUUCCAGACCAUCGCAACAAGAGUUUACUCUUUUGUACUGGGAGGGCGCUUUGUCUUUGCUUCCAUCAUGACUGGCACGGGUACAGAGCGUAUGAUCCAUGUGUCUGUGGACGGAGGUGAGGUGUGGAACAUGGCUCAGCUUCCUACAGUCAACCACGAGCAGUUCUACUCCAUCCUUUCAGCCAAUCAGGACAUGAUCUUCAUGCACGUGGAUGACCCUGGAGACUCAGGUGUUGGAACCGUCUAUGUGUCAGAUGACAGAGGAACUGUGUUCUCCAAGUCUCUGGAGCGCCAUCUCUACACGACCACAGGAAGUGACACGGAUUUCACUGUUGUUUCUUCACUCAGGGGUGUUUACCUGACCAGCGUUCUCACAGAGGAUGGUGCAGUGGAGACAGUCAUCACCUUUGACCAAGGAGCAAAGUGGCAGACACUGCGUCGACCACAGAGCAGCCAGUGUGACACUGAUACGUCCACUAACAGGCCAAACAGAUGCAGACUUCAUAUCCAUGCUACAUACAGCACGAGCAUGAAGUUGAACGUCCCGAUGCUGCCUCUGUCACAGCCCAAUGCUGUUGGCCUCAUUCUCGCACAUGGAAGUAUUGGAGAUGCAGAGUCUGCACUCUCCCCUGAUAUAUAUGUGUCUGAUGAUGGAGGCUACUCAUGGUUUUUGGCCCUCAAGGGCCCCCAUCACUAUGCUAUACUGGACUCUGGAGGCCUCUUAGUAGCUAUGGAACACACCAACCUACCUGUCAAUCAGAUCAAGUUUUCCACAGAUGAAGGACAGUGCUGGCAUACAUAUAAUUUUACGAACGACCCCUUUCACUUCAGUGGAAUGGACAGUGAGCCCGGCUCUCGCUCUAUGAAUGUCAGCCUGUGGGGAUACAGGAACGAUUACAGUAAAUGGGUCGUGAUCACCAUAGAUUUCAGGAAACUCCUCAGCAGAGACUGCACGGAGGGGGACUUUGUGCAGUGGCUGUCUCACUCUGCAGACCCCAGUGGAUCUAAUGAUGGCUGUGUCCUGGGCUAUAGAGAGACUUUCUUACGUCUGAGGAAGGACUCUGUCUGCUGGAAGGGCAGGGACUAUGUUGUCACCACACAGCCGUCCCCCUGUCCAUGUACAGCAGAUGAUUAUCACUGCGAUUUUGGAUAUUACCGUCCAGAGAACAGCUCAGAGUGUGUGGAGCAGGAGGAGUUAAAGGGCCGACCUCUAGAGUUCUGCUUAAAUGGGACCACUGAACAGCUGCAGACCAGUGGCUACCGGAAGAUUCCAGGAGACCAGUGUGAGGGUGGCUUCCAGCCAGAGAGGACUGAGACUGAUUUGAGGAGGAUGUGCAUUAGCAACGCCCUACAUCCAAAUUCUCUGACUGAGACCAGUUCAUCAAGCACUGCUGUCAUAGUGAUGGUUGUCAUAGCGAUGCUCCUGAUGAGCGCUGUCGCAGGCGUUUGGCUGGUUAAGAAAUACGUCUGCGGAGGACGGUUCCUGGUGCACAGAUACUCAGUCAUGAGGGAACAUGUUGAAGCUAAUAAAAUAGAAGGAGUCGAUGAUGUUGACCCCAACUACAUGGAGACAGGAAAAGCACAGUACAAUGAAGAUUCAGAUCAGGAUCUCUUAGAAUAAAGGGAUUUAUCUGCAUGGCUCUUCAAGACUAAACUAAAUGCAGUCUAUCACGAUGCCUGGGCACUCCUGUCGCUCCCACAUGCUGAUUAACAUCUGCUUCUCACUUCUCGCUAUCCCCCCGGUGGCUGGUGGACGCUACAUCAGCGGGCGACAUCUCACAUUGCUUCCUUGUGUCAGUUGAAGCUUCCACCAAAAGGCAAAACGGUGGUUUAGGGAGGGGACGAACCCAGUGCAGAACGGAGAAAAGCCCCUGGAGAGCUUUUGUUGUUUCUGUCACAGUGUUCUGUAAAGACCACUGAGUCUGAAUGUGUGCUCUGUAUGUUUCUUAAAUGCUGACCUGAGGAAAGAUGGUGUUUUUAUAUAGUGACGCACUGCAGAUGCACUAUGCAGAGGCUAUGACUCAGAUAUAUAGGCUGAAGUACUCCAGAGUUAGGGAAAGCACAGAAAUUAAUCCUUAAUAUUUUACCUUAAAGUUUAUGUCUGCUGUCAGUGAAGUAGUUUUUGUACAUUUGUAAACCUGAAACUUGCAAGAUAUAUUUUUUGUUUGUAUGGUGGGCCAUUUUAACAUUUAUUUAUCAGUUUCGCUAAAUUGCACGACACAUUUGAAAGACUACUCAAUAUCCUUCAGCUGUUGUUAUCAAUCACUUUUAUUUUUAGCAAUAUUAUUGCAGGUAAAUUGUCCACAUUUGAAAAGAGUGAUGACGUACACCCACAUUCAGUAUACGAUAAAAUAUUUUUUACAAAGUAGACUAUAUAAAAAAUUAACAAAGUUUAUUUGACUAUUUAAGUGAUUUUAGUAUUAUGUAGUUGAAUUGUUUUUUAUUUAGAAAAGUAAACAAUUAUAAAAACGUAAGAGCAAGAAGUCUAACAAAAUUAAUCCCCAAAGACCUAGAAAUAUUUUUGUGGUGACUUCCAGAUGAAUUGUUCCCAUUUCCCCUUUCAAGUGAUUUAUUACUAUUAUUUUAUCCUCUGCAUUUUUAAGUGAAAAGAAAAUAUUUUCCUCAAUUUAAUUUACUGAUCAUGUUUAUAAGAGUAGAGUAAAUUCAAAGGUUAUUAUAUCAGAUCAGAGAAAACUGAAGCAAAAUACUUUUUAAAAAAUCAUUAACUGAACAUGAAAAGUGUCUUAAGCCACUGUCAUUUCUGAAACUCCGUAGGUUUUAUUGAUGAAUCAAUCCUACAGAACAUGACAGUAUUUCCAUGUUUCUGAAUGUCCAAAUGAGUCAUAUCUGAUACCAUUGAAAAGCUGAAUAACUGGAUUUUACCUGAAUUAUUAAAUGUAUUGAUAGGAUUAGGGGUUCAAAAGUUAUUAAACAUGUUAUAUUAGUAGAUGCUAUUGGUUGCACAGCUGUUUAGGUAUUUGAGGGUUAAUGAAAUACCUAUAGUGUCGUGUUGUAUAACAUAAAAGUAGCAGAAAUUCAAGAGAAUAAAUUUAUUACAUUUACAAAUGUACAAAUCCUUUUGAUGGUUCUUAAUAAAAUGAAAAACUUAGCAACCAGACAAACAGUAAAUGUUAAAAGGCCUGCCAUUUUUUUGUGAAGAUGUAAAAUGAAAACUAUUUUUCUAUACAGUGCAGCUUCAUAUAGUAACAGACAAUUCCUCCUGCUCCCCUGUUUGUGUGGUGAAAAUGAAAGACUUGAAUUAUUGCCAAAGCACUUUGAUUGUUUUCUAAUUUUAGAUGUGAGGUAGUAGAUAUGAGACCUAAACUCAGCCCGUUGUUAUAUGAGUGUAAAGGUAAUGUUAACCGACAGUCUUUACUUGAACUUUCUGAUAGUUGAACAGGGAUCUGCUGAUAUACUGCAGUGAUGUUUUCACAUAUCAGCCCGUACCAGUACGUAAUGAAUACGUAAUUACAAACAUGAAAUAAUUAAGUGUUUUCUCCUAAACCGUGCAGAUUGUUUUCCUUUUACUACA